AUGCACAUUACGGAUCUUAUGGCGGCUGAGGGCCACUUCCGAGUGCAUUUGGUGCGAGAUUCCGAGAAUUUGAACGUACAAUUGGAGGAGGGAAGCAAGCUCGCCGCCUACUACAAUUCUCUUUUCUGGCAUGAAAUUUCGACGGCCGAAAAGAUUUCAAUUGCAAGUGGCCAGUUUUAUAGGCGAUUCCGAGUCAGCGAUGGAGAUAUCAAACAUUCGGUUUUCGUUACGAAAUCCGAGAAAAGAGGAAGUGCUCGUUCCCGAUUGACACUUCCGGAGCUGGAACGAGUAGCUCGAGAAAUUGCCACGUUGCAUGCAGCCAACUCGAGACUUGCGAGAUGUGCUUUGGAUGUGGAAGAGAAUUAUGGGAACAUCAAAAUGUAUAGAAAGAAGAUUCAGCGAGAAGUCAUAGAGAUUCUAGAGUCUGCUGUGACACAAGAACUAGCACGGUACUUCGUGAAUCCAGCUUCAAUUCCUCAAAAAAUUGGAAUUCUGACACAUCAUUUGGAGACACAUAAAAAAGAAGAUGAUGAAGAGAAUCAUCAACACAAAGUGAUCACACAUGGAAGGUUAUCAGGGGAUACAUGCAGAUUUGAUGAAGAUGGAAAAUUGGUAGAGAUCACGGAAUGGGAGAACAUUCAUCUUGGAAAUCCCGUCGAAGAUCUGACUAAUUUGCUGGUCACAUCUGCUGAUGUUGACAUUCGAAGAAAGAAAUUUAUGAAAGUGUUUCAAGUCUACUUUUACACUCUUGUGGAUACGCAUCCGCCAAAUUUCCAACUUCCCGAUUUGAAAAGAUGGUUCAAGGAAUUUGAGGCAAAAGCAGUGAUGAACGGAAUCGAGUCACUUCUUCUAACACUUGCCGAUUCUCCAGAUGAAAAUUUGAAACGAGAAGCUGCUCAUCGUUGGGAAACUUCACUAGAUGAUUCUGUGGAUUUCCUUACUGGAAACUAUAUUUCUGAUCACGAACACACGUUCUUCUCCCACAAAGACGAAGACGAAGACUAA